AUGUGGUUGAUUAUGAAAGUUUUCGUUUUACAUUUCAUAGGAUUUCUUCUUCUCGGUGGCGCACUGCCGACCCAUGCUCAGGAACGUCGCUACAAGUUCGUGUUGAGAGAUGCUCCAUACACAAGGCUUUGCACCAACAAGACAAUCUUGACAAUAAACGGACAAUUUCCGGGGCCAACUAUAUACGCUACGAAAGGAGAAACGGUCAUUGUUGAUGUUUACAACCGAGCAAAUGAAAACAUCACCAUUCACUGGCAUGGAGUGAAAAUGCCAAGAUAUCCAUGGUCUGAUGGUCCAGAGUUCGUCACUCAAUGCCCCAUUCGACCAGGAACAAAGUUUAGCCAAAAGAUUGUGCUUUCGGACGAGGAAGGAACUUUAUGGUGGCAUGCACAUAGUGAAUGGUCACGUGCCACGGUGCAUGGGGCCCUCAUUAUUUAUCCCAAGAAGAAAAAUGACUAUCCUUUUUCCAAGCCUCAUGCAGAAGUGCCCAUCAUACUAGGUGAGUGGUGGAACAGUGAUGUGAGAGAGGUUCUUAAUGAAUUCAUGGCAAGCGGAGGGGACCCAAAUGUUUCAGAUGCUUUCCUUAUCAAUGGCCAACCUGGGGAUCUAUAUCGGUGCUCGAAAUCAGAUACAUUCAAGCUGACUGUGGAUUAUGGCAAGACUUAUUUGCUCCGACUGGUUAAUGCAGUCAUGAACAAUAUUAUGUUCUUUUCCAUUGCUAACCAUAGUAUCACUAUAGUUGGAUCAGAUGGAAGAUAUACUAAGCCUUUAAAGAGCGAUUAUAUUGCCAUUUCACCUGGACAAACUAUUGAUUUCUUAUUGGAAGCUAACCAAAAUCCUGGCCGCUACUACAUGGCUUCGAGGGUUUAUGCUAGCGCAGGGACUUACGACAGUACAACUACAACAGCUAUUAUUGAAUACAGAGGAAAUUAUACUCCACCAGCAUCACCAAUGCUUCCAAAUCUUCCAAAUUUCACUGAUACAAAUGCUUCGGCUAGUUUCACCGGUAAACUCAGAAGUUUAGCGAAUAAGAAGUAUCCUGUUGAGGUUCCUUUAAAAGUGACCACGAAAUUAUUCUUCACCCUAUCCAUCAAUUUACUCCCAUGUGCCAAUAACUCAUGUAGAGGACGUUUCAAUCAGCGUUUUGCUGCAAGUGUGAAUAAUAUAACCUUCCAGCCACCCAGAGUCGACAUUCUUCAAGCUUAUUAUAGGGGAAUCAGAGGAGUUUACGGAGAUGACUUUCCGAACAAACCACCAUUUCCAUUCAAUUAUACUCAAGAUUCCGUCCCUCCAGACCUGUGGCUGCCCCAAAAUGGGACUGAUGUAGUGGUUCUUGACUACGAUUCCACGGUUGAGCUUGUUUUCCAGGGAACAAAUACAGUUUCAGGGAUAGAUCAUCCCAUGCACUUACAUGGAUAUAGCUUUUAUGUAGUUGGAUGGGGAUAUGGAAACUUCGACAAGGACAAAGACCCUUCGAACUAUAAUCUUGUCGACCCUCCUCUAAUGGAAACGAUUGCAGUACCAAGAAAUGGCUGGACAGCAAUCAGAUUUAAGGCGAAUAAUCCAGGAGUUUGGUUUAUGCAUUGCCAUUUCGAGCGUCACGUAAGUUGGGGAAUGGGGAUGGCAUUCAUUGUUAGAAAUGGCAAGGCUCCAGAUGCCAAAAUGCUGCCUCCUCCACGAGAUAUGCCAAGGUGUUAG